AGUUCGCGGAAGAGAGAGAGAGAGUGCAGAGGGCUUACUCCGCCGCCUCCGACACGCUCGGCUUCGUUGGCGAUUGACGUCGCCGUCCUUUCUCCGGCGUCAUUCCUCACUCCUCAGGAAAUUAGAAAAAAAGGUGCAUCGUUAUAUAUAGAAGAUGGCGGGUCCGAAGCUAAGCAAGGGAAGGAGCAAGGGACUUCAGAAAUCUCAACCAAAGAAGAAGCAAAAGAAAGAUGUAUCUCAGUUUAGUGAUGAUGCUAGAAUAUACAAGGAAGAUGUUGAAGAUGAACACAGAGCAUCUGAAGGAGAAGAGCAGGGAGUUGAAUCUGAUUCUGAUUUAUCUUCUGAUGGAGAUGGUGCACUAGCUGAUGAUUUUCUUGGAGGGAGUGAUGAUGAAGAAGGUUCUGAUGGUGUUGCAGAGGAGGAUUCAGAUGUUGGUUCUGAUUCUGACAUUUCUGAUAUUGAGAAGGAUGCAAGGAAAAUUGAUAAAGAAAGGGAACGAGUAGAGUAUGAAGCAGCACGAGAAUUGGUGGAUAAUAUUGGUAGAGUAGAGUCAGAUGAGUUCAGACUUCCUACGAGUGAGGAGCUUGAAGAAGAAAAACAGAGACCUCCUGAUCUUAGCAAUAUCCAAAGAAGGAUAAAAGAGGUUGUACAAGUUCUUACAAAAUUCAGGACUUUGAGGCAAAGCGGAGUUCCUCGCAAGGAUUAUGUUGACCAACUUAAGAGAGAUUUAGCUUCAUACUAUGGAUACAAUGAUUUCAUGAUUGAAACUCUAGUUGAGAUGUUCAAGGUUGUUGAACUUAUGGAACUUAUUGAAGCCUUUGAAAAGCCUCGACCAAUAUGUAUUCGAACAAACACAUUGAAGACACGUAGAAGGGAUUUGGCUGCUGUGCUGUUGAACAGGGGUGUCAAUUUGGAUCAGCUUAGCAAAUGGUCAAAGGUUGGAUUGGUUGUAUAUGAUUCACAAGUACCAAUUGGUGCAACUCCUGAGUAUAUGGCUGGUCAUUACAUGCUUCAAGGCGCAAGUUCAUUUUUGCCUGUAAUGGCUCUUGCUCCUCAGGAAAAAGAACGAAUAGUAGACAUGGCUGCUGCACCUGGUGGAAAAACGACGUAUAUUGCAGCACUUAUGAAAAACAGUGGUAUUGUUUAUGCAAAUGAGAUGAAAGAGCCAAGACUUAAAUCACUUGCUGCUAAUUUACAACGCAUGGGAGUGACAAAUACCAUUGUUUGUAACUAUGACGGGAGAGAGCUACCCAAAGUUAUAGGUCAAAACUCAGUUGAUAGGGUGUUAUUGGAUGCUCCUUGCAGUGGCACCGGGGUUAUAUCUAAGGAUGAGUCAGUGAAGGUUUCUAAAACUGCUGAGGACAUACAGAAGAGUGCUCAUUUGCAGAAGGAAUUGAUCCUUGCUGCGAUUGAUAUGGUGGAUGCUAAUUCAAAAACAGGGGGAUAUGUCGUCUACUCAACCUGCUCCAUUCUGGUUGAUGAGAACGAAGCAGUUAUAGACUAUGCACUUAAGAAGAGAAAUGUGAAACUUGUCCCAUGUGGUCUUGAUUUUGGCCAACCAAGGACAGGGUUUGUUAACUUUAGGCAGCACCGAUUUCAUCCAUCUUUAGACAAGACACGUCGGUUCUAUCCUCAUGUCCACAACAUGGAUGGCUUUUUUGUUGCAAAGUUGAAGAAGUUCAGUAAUUCCAAGCCAGCCCCAACGUCUGAUAUGCCAUCAGAAGAAAAAGAGGAAGAUCUCGAGAUGAUUGACAAUAGGAAGCGAAGUUCUAAAGGAGAUAAUGAGAAAUACCUUGAUGAACAUGCAAAACAUAAAGGCCAAACCACUAUGAAAAAAGAGAAGAACAGUUUUGAGAAACUUGCGCCAAUAAAAGACGCCGGAAAAGAAAACGGGAAAUUCAAGAAAGAAGAAAAUCAGAGUGCUGCUAUAAAGAGGAAGGAAAAAAGGAAGCGCUUAUCUAGGGAGGAAAUUUCAAUAAAAAGGGAAGAAAAGAGAGAAGCCUUAAGACUGGCAAAGAGCAAAGCCGCUGCAGAGAAAACCAAAUCAAAAAAACACAAGAAAGCAACACCGGCUUGAAAUGUACUUCCGGUGAGCUGAACAUUUUUUGUACCUUUCAGAAUUAGAUUUCCAUCACUAUGCAAUUAUAAAUUAUUUAAUAUUCCUAAAUUUUUGCGUAUUUUUAUGUUUUCUGUUUUGUACGAAAUGCCUCAAUUUUGUGUCACCAUUAAGAUAGAAUCAUUUUGUUAAUUUUCUUCAAGGGAUCAUUCUGUAUGACGCUUAAACUUUAUUUGUGACCUUUUAUUAUAAGGCUGUUAUGGGACACGCCCUAGGCUUGACCACUAGCUGUUGUGUCCCAUUGUGGUGAUACUG